ACAAAUCAAGAUCAUUUCCGAUUUAUAAAAGUUGAAGCCAUGGCUGCAUCUUUCUCUGUCCCCUCUAUGAUUAUGGAAGAAGAAGGGAGAUUCGAGGCGGAGGUUGCGGAGGUGCAGACUUGGUGGAGCUCAGAGAGGUUCAAGCUAACAAGGCGUCCUUACACAGCCCGUGACGUGGUUGCUCUACGUGGCCAUCUCAAGCAAGGAUACGCUUCGAACGAGAUGGCUAAGAAGCUUUGGCGAACACUUAAAAGUCACCAAGCCAAUGGCACGGCCUCUCGCACGUUCGGUGCGUUGGACCCUGUUCAGGUGACCAUGAUGGCUAAACAUUUAGACACCAUCUACGUCUCUGGUUGGCAGUGCUCGUCCACUCACACGUCUACUAAUGAGCCUGGACCGGACCUUGCUGACUAUCCUUAUGACACUGUGCCUAACAAGGUUGAACACCUCUUCUUCGCUCAGCAGUACCAUGACAGAAAGCAAAGGGAGGCAAGAAUGAGCAUGAGCAGGGAAGAGAGAACAAAAACCCCGUUCGUGGACUACCUGAAGCCCAUCAUCGCCGACGGAGAUACCGGUUUCGGUGGCACCACCGCGACGGUCAAACUCUGCAAGCUCUUUGUCGAGAGAGGUGCCGCUGGUGUCCACAUCGAGGACCAGUCCUCCGUGACCAAGAAGUGCGGCCACAUGGCUGGAAAAGUCCUCGUGGCAGUCAGCGAACACAUCAACCGCCUUGUAGCGGCUCGACUCCAGUUCGAUGUGAUGGGCACAGAGACUGUCCUGGUCGCUAGAACCGACGCGGUCGCAGCCACUCUGAUCCAGUCCAACAUUGAUUCGAGGGACCACCAGUUCAUCCUUGGUGUCACUAACCCUAGCCAUAGAGGCAGGAGUCUGUCCUCGCUUCUCGCCGAGGGUAUGGCUGUAGGCAAGAACGGUCCGGCAUUGCAAUCCAUUGAAGACCAGUGGAUUAGCUCAGCCGGUCUUAUGACCUUUUCGGAAGCUGUCUUGCAGGCCCUCAAGCGCAUGAACCUCAACGAGAAUGAGAAGAGUCGGAGAGUGAACGAGUGGCUAAGCCAUGCAAGGUACGAGAACUGCCUGUCAAACGAGCAAGGCCGAGAGCUAGCAGCAAAACUUGGCGUGACAGAUCUUUUCUGGGACUGGGACUUGCCAAGAACCAGAGAAGGAUUUUACCGGUUCCAAGGCUCGGUUGAAGCUGCCGUGGUCCGUGGAUGGGCCUUUGCACAGAUCGCUGACCUCAUCUGGAUGGAAACCGCAAGCCCUGACCUUAACGAAUGCACCCAAUUCGCCGAAGGAGUCAAGUCCAAGACACCGGAGGUGAUGCUUGCCUACAAUCUCUCGCCGUCCUUUAACUGGGACGCUUCUGGUAUGACUGAUCAGCAGAUGAUGGAGUUCAUUCCGCGGAUCGCUAGGCUUGGAUAUUGUUGGCAGUUCAUAACGCUUGCGGGUUUCCAUGCGGAUGCUCUUGUGGUUGACACUUUUGCAAAGGAUUACGCGAGGCGUGGGAUGUUGGCUUAUGUGGAGAGGAUACAGAGAGAAGAGAGGACACAUGGUGUUGAUACUUUGGCUCAUCAGAAAUGGUCAGGUGCUAAUUACUAUGAUCGUUAUCUUAAGACUGUCCAAGGUGGAAUCUCAUCCACUGCAGCCAUGGGCAAAGGUGUUACCGAAGAACAGUUCAAGGAGAGUUGGACAAGGCCGGGAGCUGAUGGGAUGGGCGAAGGGACUAGCCUUGUGGUCGCCAAGUCCAGGAUGUAAGUCAUACAAUCAUAGCGGUGGUGCGGCCAAUGCGGUUCGGCAUCUUCGUAGAGAAACUUGGAAACCACACUACCUUUAAUUAUAUCUUUGAACACCCGAGUAAAAGAGAAAAAAAAAAACAGAUAAUAAAUGUAUCUUUGUUAUUGUUUUCACUUCUUCUACGUAAUAAUUGGGUUAAAAGUGUUUGGGGCAAUAUUUUAUGGGGUUUGCUUCUUUG